AUGGUCUUGGCACAGAAGGAAAGAAACAUCGCUGACGGUAAGGAAACUGUUGUCUUCAAUAGAUUUGGAAACAUAUUCAUGGCGUUUGUGGUGGAGAAUGAAAACGAGAUGUACAUACUCUCCCUGAUAAACAACCUCAUGUCAAUCUACGACCGGUUCUUCACCAAGGUCUGCGAGUUGCACUUCAUAUACAACUUCAAAGAAACACACAUAAUCCUAGACAACUACAUAGCAAAUGGAAAGUGCAUUGAAAACGAUCCAUUCGAGGUGAUGAAGCAUGCGUACUACAUAAAAUAG